UGGGCACAGGUGGGUGGCACUGGUGGGCACAGGUGGGUGGCACUGGUGGGCACAGGUAGGUGGCACUUCUGGGCACAGGUAGGUGGCACUGCAGAGUGGCACAGGUGGGUGCACUGCUGGGCACAGGUGGGGGCACUGCUGGGCACAGGUGGGGGCACUGAUGGGCACGGGUGGGCGGAGCUAGUGGGCGCACUGCUGGGCGGAACCUGCGGGUCUCACUGCUGGGCACCGAUCAUCAGGGCACCGCUCUGACAACUGCCGGUUCUCGGCAGUACUUUCCUCACGAUCUGACAGCGUGAGGAAAGUGCAGCCGAGAACCGGCACUUGCAU